AUGGAAAAAUUAAUGACAAAUAUUCCGGAUGAUAGUGACGGAUAUCAGUGCAAUAAUUUGUUAGUAGAGGAACAGAAUGAUCCUGUAACUGUUUAUUUUUAUUCAUUGAUUAAAAAAUUCAUCCGCUUAUUUUCCAAACCAUUUCCACAUCAGGCUCUUAUCAGUCGAAAUGCGCUGACAGGUAAUUGGAGCGAUUUUAAGCAAUCAUUUCCUACAACAUAUCGGCAGUGGCUCGAUUAUGAAUCUUGGUGGAUUGUAUUGGGAACGUUAAUUGUUAUCACCACUGUCUUAUUCUCUCUAUUGUAUAUAUUCUAUAGUAUGGUAAAAUGUUGUAUUGCACCAAGCAAAACGAAAACAACAGAUCGAAAACGUGAUUACUGUAAACGUCAUUUGCUCAAUAUCUUUAUUACCGUAUUCGUCCUCAUUGAUGUUUUUGCGGUAUCUUCAUUGCUUAUAAGCAGUCAAUAUGCGGAAUAUGGAGCGGAUGAACUACCUCGACGUCUCAGUCAUUGUAUUGAUGAUCUCUCAUAUUAUAAGAAGGAAACGGAUCAGAAAAUUCGAAAUACACUAAUUGAUGAUUUUCAAAAAUUAAAUGAAUCAUUAUCUGCUCUAAUUGCCUCAGGCGGUGAACCGAUUGUGCAACGUGUCAAAAAAAUUACUGGUGCACAUGCGAUGGAUUCGUUUCUUAAUAUUUCGAAUGAAGCUCAGGAUUUGUUGAAACUUGUGGUUGAUGAUGAAAAUCAUUUAAAGACUUUAAAUGGUGAAUUGCUUUUAUUGCGAAAUGAGCUAGCAAAGCUGUAUCGAACUUCAAUUAAUGAAAUAAACGAUUGCGUUCAUAAUGAUUUGCAAAUUAUUAAAAAGCGUUGCCAGGAAAUUGGAAAUGAUCUCUCUGAUAUCAAUAAUAUUACGCUUCAUCUUCGACAAGAUAUUCUUAAUAGUGAUACGAUGAAUGCGCUGAAAAUGUUGGCAGAAUCAAACAUUUCUGAAAUAUUUGUUGAAGCAAUAUCGGAUUUUAAAGAUAGCGAAAUUAAAUUAAACAAAAAAGUACAAGAAAAAGAACAAGCUAUACAAAUAAGCAUAAAAGAAAUUCAACAUGAUCUGUUACGUCUUGCUGAUACGUUAUCUACGCAGUUACGACAAAUUAAACCUGAAUUAUUACAUGAUAUAUUAAAACAAUAUAUGGGUGAUAAUUAUCAUAGCAUUGUGCAGUACACAUGGUAUGCUUCCCUAACUUUAUGUGCCAUAUUUUCAUUAAAAGCGCUUUAUUUCUUAUUUGCUUUAUGUUAUGGUUGUUUUGGACGACGACCAAAUGAUUAUCGAAGUGAUUGCUGUGUACGAUCCACUGGUAGCAAACUUUUCGUUUGUGGAAUUUGGUUAGCGAUAAUACUUUUACCACUGAUAGCUGCAUUAACAGCUUCAUUGCUAUUAAUUGGUGUUAAUGCUUAUUCACUUGGAUGUUGGCCAUUGGAUGAUCCAUUUGCAAGGCCAGAUAUGCUUUCGCUUAGUGAACGUAUGCUUGAUGCAUGGCGUAGUAAACAGAUAGAAGAAGACUUAUCACCACUAAUGAAUCAAUUAUCAUUAGCUAAUGUAAUACGAUCAUGUAUGCGUAACGAAACAUUAUAUAAUAUAUUUGCCAUGGAUAGCAAGUACCAUUUAUAUGAUUUACGACAAUAUGGUAAGGAAUUGUACGAUCAUUUAGAAUUAAACAUUCAAGAUGCUUUUUCGGAUAUCAGUUUAUCUAAAUCAAUUGCAACAUUUGCUUCACCCGAACAACUUACAAUGUUACAACAAAUUGUUAAUAUUACCAUUGAAUCGAAUAUUCCGCUAAUUCUCCUUCAGAUCAACGAUAAUGUAGAACAGCUCGAAAAAAUUCCUCGAUUGAUAAGUUUGAUUGAAGAUGAUUAUGCUGUUGAAAAUCUUCCACGAUCCGUUCAAAUAAUUGCUGAACAAUGGCGAAUACUUCAGAUAAAAAAUGUAAAUCCGGUAUUGUUAAAUCUUGCUAAUGCAUUAAAAAUGCUUACUGAAUUAAACGAUCGAUUAGAACGGAUCGCAUUACCAAAUGUAGCAUUAUCAGCUAAAUUACAACAUGCACAAGCAUUACUAUCAUCAAAUUUGAAUGAAUAUUUUCGAGCAGCUGCUGAUCAAUUGGUGCAAGAAAUGGAACAACAAAUUGGAAAAUAUAUCGAACAUGUUCGCAUACAGAUGUUAACGAAUGUAUCAAGCUGUAUUCCAUUAUUUAAUAUUGCUAAACGAACACGUAUUGCAUUAUGUCAAGCUUUUGUUGAUCCAUUUAAUGGCGUUUGGGCAUCAAUGGUUAUCAGUAUUCUAUGUACCAUACCGCUUAUUGUAAUGGGAUCUGCAGCAUCUACACUCUAUAAAAAGAAACAUCCUUAUCCGAAAUACAUUGUAAAUGAGCCAGCAAAUACAGAUGGACAAGGAGCAUCAGGUUCACUUGUUACCGAUUCCUAUGAUAUCAGAAAUAAACAGCACAAAUUGGUAUAUCCAAAUACCUAUGCGAUGUAUUUUGGUUAUCCACCACCCUAUUUGAGAACAAGAAAUUAA